AUGGCAAAGACCCAUCCCCCUCAGCCAUCUCCCGUCAAUAAAAAUCCUCCCAUUCCACAAGGAUGCAAAAUACAAAAAAGACCUCUCAACAGGCCCCAGGUCCCAUCCUCUUCAAAAUCUCCAGUCAUCUACAUAUCCUCCCACACACCCUUCCUAUCCGCCGUCAGUCGCGUCCGCAAACUCCUCACCAAGUCCCUCCGCAACACAGCCCCUGCCCCCAAGAAUGCAUCAACCAGUGCACGUGUGGAGGCUCUACAGCGCAGCACCAACACCGCCUAUGGGGAUGCCUCGCCAAUGCUCGUCACGGUCCUGGGGACCGGCAAGGCCAUCGAGAAGACGCUCAGCUUGGCGAGCUGGUUCGAGCAACAGGGUGAUUGUAACGUGCGCUUGAGGACCAAGACCGUUGGGACGGUGGAUGAUAUCAUUGUCCAAGAAGGGCAAGGCCAUGACCUGAGCAGGAUUCGAAGGGUCAGCUGCAUGGAGGUGGUCAUCACGUUGAAAUGA